UAAGCCAAACUACACUUAUUAUUUUUAAAUUGUUUGGAAGGAUUUUUUGUUUAAAUUUACUUUCGAUAAUAAACAUCUCAGUUAGUUCGUUGACAAAACCUUAAACAAUCGUAAAGGUGCGCUACAGUUAAAUUAGUUAAGUAUAAAGAUGCUUUACACACAUGUUUUGUGAAACAAUCCAAUCCUCCAGAAAUUUUCUUGUCCUCAGCUUAUUUUGCCAAAAAACAGAGGUUUGUAAAAUAAUAUUUUAGCAUUUGUGUGCAAUAAAUGUUUUCACUGUAAUUUAUAUCUAUGCUAUUCCAAACAUAUUGAAGAUACAAUAUUGACAUGCAUUCUAUAGACGAGCAUGCUGGACAUAUGACAUCACAGCUGACUGAAGCUACCGAAGAUGAAAAAUAUCAUUUACGUCAACUAAUGGAAAAAGCAUGUGAUCAAAUUCCAACUUUAAAAGAGGCUAUCGAAGAGGUUAGUAACGUAAUUUUUUCAUUGGCUAAUAAUGAUGAGAGAAAUCGAAUAAUGAUUUUAGAGUGCUUUCAUAAUUUAGAACAAGCUAUAGCUAAAAGAAAAAGUCAACUUAUUGAAGAAUUAGAUAAAAUCACUGCCAAGAAAAGACAAGUGCUGGAGGAACAAAAGGCUUUGCUUGAUAUGUGUCUUUCAAACAUUACUGUCAAUUCUGAAUUCACUCAAAAUGCAUUAUGUUAUGGGAGUGAAACUGAAAUUAUACUAGUGACUAAACAAAUCGCCGAGAAAUUAGAAGAUUUAGCAACCAUGAGAAUUCAAAAAAUGCCAGAAGAAAAUAGUUUUAUAUUAUUUGAAGCAGAAGAUGCCGAAUCUGCAAAAUCAGCCAUUUUAAAAGUUGGUAAUUUAAUAAGCAAUAGUGCAGUAGCACAUGAGUGUACAGCAGUUGGAGAAGGUCUUAAACUGUGUAGAAUCAACAAACAAACGCUGGUGGUAGUGACUGCUAAAGAUCGCCAUAGUCAAAUAGUAAGGGAUGCUGUUUUUGAUGUCGAACUAAUAUCAUCAGAGUUUUCAUGGAAACCUAAAAUAGCCGACCAGAAAAAUGGAACUUAUCACAUCUUAUAUAUGGUUGAAAAAGAAGGUACUUAUCAGCUGAGUAUCAAAUUACUUGGAAAACCCAUCAAUGGUAGCCCAUUUACAGUGAAAACAUACAUAGAAGAAGAAUGUUCUUCUAGUGACAGACGCUCUAAGAUUCCGAGAACAACAGGACUGAGUAAAUCAUCCUCAAGUGGUUCUAGAGUGAUUGAAGAUGAUUUAAUAUUAAAAAUUGGACACAGAGGUAAGUCCCCUUAUCUUUAUUUAUGAUCUAAAAGCAAUUUU